AUGCCUCCAAAGGACACACAGCGUCGUCCUCUCAAGAAGGAUGGUGCUCCGGCACCCUCAGCUCGCGCAAGUCGCGCCCAGAAGAGACGGCUGUCAGAGAACUGCGAUGAAGACAUGGACAACCCAGAACAGUCCAUUAAGAGGUGCCGCAGGGCCGCUGAUGAUGAAAUCCGGUCAUCUCCCACACUUAGCGACAUCCCCGAGGAUAUUACGAUGGACGAUGCCACUGCUCAAGAAUCCGAGGAGAACAAAGACAGCGAUGACGACCGGCCCGGAAAGGAUCGGUCGAGAAAGCAGGGGCUUGACAAGAAGUUGAAGCCGAUAUCCGAUGUCAGCGAGAUGUUUGAGGACAUGAUCCAACGCUGUCCUCCAGCGCAUUUCGAGGACAGGCCGGUGAUGCUGAGGGUUGCGACCGUCUGCUCUGGUACCGACGCUCCUAUUUUUGCACUUAGCCAUAUCCGCGAUGCUCUGCAGGCCAUGGGCCACGGCUUUUGCAUGGAUUUUGAGCACGUCUUCAGCUGCGAGAUUGAGCCUUUCAAGCAGGGCUUCAUUCGCCGUAACCUGCCACAGUGCAGUCUGAUCUUCCGCGACAUUGUCGAGCUUGCCACGGCUGCUCGUGAUGGCACCGCGACCACUGCUGGUGGCGCCCCUGCCAAGAUCCCUGACGGACCCCUUGAUAUCUUCUUCGCUGGGUGCUCGUGUGUCGACUAUUCUAACAUGAACACCAAUAAACCAAGCGGCAGAGUGCCUUCCCUCGAUCGACACCUGAAGGGCGAGGAGUCUCGCAAACCAGUUCCUGUCCGGUUCGAUGUGGCAUUCUUCCACGACCUCAGUAAGAGCUUGGAGGAGCUCGCGGAGCUGAGCACGGCUGGCGAGUCGGCCAGGACCUUUUUCGCAGCUGUGAAACUGAUCGCCGAGAGACGUCCUACCAUCGUCAUUCUCGAGAACGUGAGCGGUGCUCCCUGGAGCAUGUACACUGACCAAAUCUUCCCUCGAAUUGGGUAUGUCGCCCGCUUCGUUCGUCUUGACAGCAAGAAUUUCUACCUCCCUCAGACGCGCCAGCGAGGCUAUCUGGUCGCAAUCAACUGCUACCGGGAGAUCCCGUCUCCGAAUGAGCCGCCUGCUGAGAUCAAUGUCAUCAAUGCCAACCGAAUUGCCAGAGCUUGGACAGAGUGGCUUCAGCUGUGCCAGCGCCCGGCCUCGGCGCCCGUCACUGAGUUCCUCCGCAGUCCCGACGAUCCAAGCACUAUUCUGGCCAGGGCCGACAUGGAAAGCAAGCCAUGUACCAAUUCCGACUGGUCGUUGUCGUCCCUGCGACACAUUGAUGCACGGCGCCGGGCCAACUUGCGGCACGACGAUAAUCCCUUCAGCAUGAAAGCCAUGCGCGGCGGUCAGUUAAUUCAUAUGCGGCCACCUGAUCACUCAUGGCGGCCGGUUUGGAAGAUGGCGGGCCCCCGUAUCCUCGACCUUAUGGACAUUGUCUUUGCUGUCUCGUUAAAGGAUGGUAUCGACCUGGGCUACAAGACCGCCAUGAUCGACGUGAGCCAAAAUGUUGACCGCAAUGAGUUCUGCCGGCUCGGCCGUCCCAAAGCCAGGAAUCUCGGUAUCGUUGGCUGUGUCACUCCAUCUGGCCUGCCAAUCAUGACCGAUGAGGCACGCCCCCUGACAGGCACCGAAACGCUGGCUCUUCAGGGUCUUCCCGCCGAGGAGCUCGUUCUUUCGACGGAAACCCAAGCGCAGCAGCGGGACCUGGCGGGCAAUGCCAUGUCAGUCCCUGUUGUGGGAGCAGCAACCUAUGCGGCUAUUCUGGCUAUCGCGAAGGUUGAACCCGAGCUCUUCCGCCAGAUGACGCCGGAGGAAGCCCAGAGGAGGCAUGGAUUGUAUGUCUCCCGCCUUGGUGACCAGUUCGUCCAGGGCAAGGACGGUGGUACCAUGACGACCGAUGUCCCUUGGCUUAUUGAAAUCGCCAGUCAGAUGCGCCGCGUGUGCUUUUGCCCCAUCCGCCCGAGCAAGAUCUAUGUCUGCAGGACUUGCGGAGUCACCGCCUGCCCCUCAUGCUCCGGCAACCCCCCACAUAACUUCGGUGAUGACAUGGCUGACGACCUCCCGAACUGCUCUGUGGAAAGGGGCAAAUCGAGGCUGAAGGAUUGCUUGCCCGGCACUAUCAUGAUGUUUCUCCCCUCAGACCAAGUCAAGGAUGCGCUACGCCGCACUGCCGGUGGCAUCUUCCGCGAUGUAGCUUUGGAAGUUCUCGGGGGAAAUGACAGUGAGCUUCCGUUUUACUAUUUCGACGACAUCAAGGUUACAGAGUCCAUCACCAUCUGUUACAAGGCCGUUAACAGCAUCGCUCGGCUCGUCCUUUGUCCAGCGACUAAGACGGCCUGUUGGUACAUUUACAUCGCGCCUUGGCACAGCCAACUGGGCGAUCUCGCUAGGCACUUUGACGUCAACCAGCCGAUUGCUCGUGGCCAAGUCGACACUAACAUACUUGUUCCCACCUGGUCGGUCUGGAUUCCCGGCCGUGUUGAGCUUCGUCUCGAAUUACAACAAAACAAGCACGGUGAGGUCACUAUCGGCUCUUUGGACUACGUGAACAGUGAGGCGGCACACGAACAUCCAGACCUCCCGGCAUGGAAAGCCACCGUUGAAAGCAAGAUUCGUGGCACCUAUACCCAUAGCCCACAAUGUGGCACGGCCGGCAGGGCCCUGCACGUCAAGCAGCCUCAACAUGGUGACUCCAAGGUCUUCUUGAUGUGGGAAUCUCUCAGGCUCGAAGUGCCUGAGAAAGACCACUUCGUCUGGACCGAGAUGCCGCGGAGGAUUGAGUCUCACGAGUACCGGGAGGUUCUUCUUUGCGCCGACACGUCCAAGCCGUUCACUCUUCAGCCGGAGCAAGGCGUCAUGAAAGUAUACUGGAACGGGCAUUGGUCUAACGUAACCGUCCAUGGCCCUCUCACGCCGGCAACACCUCUACCCGAGCUCGCCGUUGUGUUCUGGGGCCCCACGGCUGAGCUCCAGCAGAGGAAAUGCCACUCUCCAGAGAGCCCAGAGAGUCCUAUCGUUCGGAUGGCCCCCUUCGCCGGCAUUCAAGCGCCGCUGCGUCGGUUCCCUGCCUCAAAAGCGUACUUGUCCAAGUUUCGACAGGAGCAUACGGACUCAGACUUCUAUGUCGUCCCUGCUGCUGGUCGCGAUGCCUUCUUGAGGCGCUUUGCCUUCCUCUCCAAGGAAAUUCGCCAGGCGACCAUGCCAGAAGACGGCGCUUCGUUCCCUCACCUCCAUAUGAGAUGGAUUUCAAUCGAUGCCUGCGACGUAUGCUCCGUUUCUCCUCCAAAAGCCGUCCUGCUCUGCAAAGAAGAGCCGCGUAGGGAUGCCACUGGGAAGAAUAGAGACGCCCGACUGAAGAAGCUGCUGGUCGAGGACCCCGAGGAUGCCGAGAAGUUUGAGAAGCAGCUGCAAGAGCUGCCAAAUGCAGUCACAGUGGCGGUUAGAUUGAGUCCAUCUUUGCCCAACAACGGUCAGAUAGAGGAACUUCUGGACAUCCGGAUCUUGUUACAGCCCAAAACACUGGCGUCCAGGGCGCUGGCUUACAUACGCCAGGGCCAUCCGAGCACGACUCGUGGCGCCGAUGUAAUCAACGACGAGUACAAGGCUUCGUUUCUCACAGAGCUUGAUUAUGCUUUCUUCUCGACACGUCCAGACUUCGCCCCGUUCCGCAACUCGGUCAAACCCUGUGGCGAUCACAACACGCAUGGCAUAGAUCUGACCAAUAACACCUGGAAGAUGCCAGCAGGCGAGCCACCGCGCUUCCUACGCAGGGUUGGAAGGAGCAGGCAGGUCGUACAGCACAGAUUGCGGCCAAGCCAGAGGGAUGCCGUCAAGUGGAUGAUCCAGCGGGAGAGGAUCCCUCUCAAUUUCAUUAAGCGCGAGAUUGAAGAGGAGGUGGUUCAACCACUCAACCUGCGCGUUGCCGGUAAGGCAGAAUGGACAACGCGGUUUCCCUACAGCUCACGAGGAGGCGUGGUCGCGCACGAGAUUGGCUAUGGCAAAACGGUCGUCACGCUAGCACUCGUUGACUACAUGCACGAGUAUGAUACGACCAUCUCUGUGGAGGAGCGCAUUCGAGAAGUCGAUGGCGCGUGGCGCAAGGAACUCGGAGACAAUGUCUUCCAGCUAUUUGGGUCCGAUGCAGAAGGUCUCCGGGCUGAAAGCUUCUUCCACCAUCUCUCGGCAACGCUGGUGAUCGUUCCCAGACACAUCACGGACCAGUGGGCUAAGGAAAUAGACAAAUUCCUCGGAUUGUCAACUCGAAAUGGCAGUGUCCUGGUCAUCAAGACCAGCCAGGCCUUCCACGGCAAAUACACGCUACAAGAACUCAAUAGGGCGCAGAUUAUCAUAGUCAGCAGUUCUGUUUUUGGGCCCUCCUUCCGGGAGAAGCUGGAGGAGGUGUCCGGCUGUGGCGUAGAAUUUGCCAAGGGCCUAAGCGGGAGGGCCUUGGACCUUUGGUACCGGGAAGCACUUCGCAAUCAUCGAAUCCUCACGGCUUUUUACCUGGCUGCUCGCCGAUCAAGCUCGGACGAGGAAAAGCUCAUUAGCCUAAUUGAGAAGUCGUUGCUCCCUCAGCUGAACCGUUCCGAAAUGGAAAAGCUGGACGACAUCUUGGAUAAACAGGUUCAGGGCAUCGACCGUAACUACUACAAGUCGCGACUCCGCGAUAACACAGUAGAGCCCAAGCAGCAGAAGAACACGGGAGCUACUCUCAAGUUCGGACAUGGAACGGCCGAAGGCCGUGGAAGGCAAGGUCGUGAUGCACAGUCAACCAAGUCACCUGUUGGCAACGUAUGGAGCCCCACGUCUCUUCAUGCUUGCAGUUUUGCUCGUAUCGUCUGGGACGAGUGCUCUUACGAUGAUGACAAGGACAGCUACAUCCCUGUCUUCGUAGCAAAUGCCGUCGCUAACUCCAAGUGGCUGCUUUCUGGCACUCCCAAGCUUUUCGAUCUUGGGGCCGUGUGCAGGCUAGCAAACGCUUUUGGCGUACACUUGGCUCGCCCUGAACCGCGUCUCAUGCCUGGCCUUCCGGCGAUUACCGAAGGGCCAAAGCCUGAGCAGCUGACACCGAGCGAACAGUUUUACGCUUAUUCAUCAUCCGUCAAAAGCAGCUCGCUAGCCGUAGAGCGCCAUAAUCAAGGCCACUCGUUCGUGAGUCAGUACUUCCGUUGUAAUCUCCUCGAAGACGAGGAAGAGAUUGAAUUCGAGGAAACAGUUGUUCCGAUCGCGAUGGCCCCCGUGACCGCAAUCCGAUACUAUCUCCUCGCACAGGAAGUUUUGGAUGCCGGAGAGGACUACAGUCUGUUGCCAGAACAUGCGCGCUCCCAGAUCAAACUGAAGGGAAGCGAUCUCGCUACUCGGGACGUGAAGGCUCAGGCCAGGAUGCUGCUCGGACUUAUGGCUUGCGGACUGGGUCAGAACGAGAACAUCCAGUCUAUCGACGAUGUAAAGCGUGAUCUUGAUCAGCGUGUUGCUGGCUGUAGCAGACAGUUCAAGAUGCUUUUCGACAAGCAGAUGUUUCUCUGGAGCUGGAUAAAUUUGCUCCAUGAUCUCGAGUCGAGCGCUGCUUGGAGUGACCCCGUCAAAGACAGCUUGGAGAAGGUGGAAUUUAUUUGCAGCCGACUCACCGAGGCUUUGCUUGGAAACAAGCGCGUCACAAGAUUUGAUGAGGGCGACCUCUACCCGCACGAAGCCCAACUUAUCGCUCCGCAUGUGCCCGGCGACGACCCCGAGGGCAACAGGACAAUCUAUCCAGAGUGGGAAGACUGCCUCAACCAGGAUUGGGCGGCUCGCUUUCGGAAGAGCAGCGCUCUAUACACCUGGAUCGACUUCUUUGAUAUUAGUGACUGUGACAUUAACAAAUUACAUGAAGAGCAGCUCCGUUCGCUAGCCAAAGACAUCCUUUACCUGCGGUGCAAGAUUGAUCCGGAUGUUAGGCCGCUUGAGAGACAACCUGGAGGAGCCAAGGAGGCGAUGAUGAAGCAGCGCUGGCUUGAGAACGCCUUGGAAGACACAACAAUUCGGAGAAUUGCCAAAGAGAAUGCAGCUACUAUCGACAUGCGCGUGGAGAAGGAUCUCUCAGUCAUCACUCAGCUGUCGAAAGCAGAGUUGGUAUCAUUUAUCAAGAGCUGCCAGGACGCAAAGUCUCGGCAGAUGGAGCGAGAUGCGGCUAACGCCGACCGCUUUGACCAAUGCUCGACAAGGGAAUUGCGUGACUUGUGCCUCGAACACAACCUGAAGGUGCCCGGUACAACCGGGGAGAUGAAGUCAGUAUUGAAGCAACAUCUCAUGGGCACUUUGGGUCGCGAGCAUUACCGCGAUGGGCGCGCCCCAGUCAACCGCUACCGCAGCUUCCAAGCUGCCAUGGCAUGCGAGAAUCGGAGCCUGUCUCAUCAGAUUUCUCGCGCGAACGAGGAGCUCAAGCAAACCUUGGUGCACCUCACCAAGACAAUUGAAGAUCUACGCGCUGCUAAGCUCGAGGGUGGCUUUGUGCCUGGAUACGACUCGCUGACCAAGGGUGACAACGACACCAAGACGUGCGCCAAAUGCCGACGCCCGCUUCCAGACGACCUUUCAUUCAUCGUUGUUGCGUGCGGGCACUUCCUCUGCGAGGACUGCAAGAAAUCUGCGGGUUUCUACUGCCCCGUUAAUGAUUGCCUGGCUUUCGUCCACGAGCGUCCGGUUCUCAGCUGCUCAGAGAUCCGUCGUCUCUAUACCCAACAAGAAGAGGCGUACGAGACACGGGCGGCGGCUGUCGUCGACCUGGUCAAGCACCGCAUUCCCAGGGACGAGUUCGUUGUCGUGUUUGCUCAGUAUGGCUUGUUCGUCGAGGCAUUGGACACCGCAUUCAGGAAUUCCGGGCUCCGCUAUACCAACCUUUCCAAGGUCAACGACGAGAAUAUUGCGGCGAAGCUUGAAGACUUCAAGAACGGAAACGCGGGGCAGAUCCUGCUACUUGACAUCGACAAUGAGACGAGCGCAGGCAGCAAUCUGACCAACGCGAACCACGUGAUCUUUGCCAACCCAUUUGUGCACCAUGACGAGGAGCACCAGUCCCGUACCGUCAGGCAGGCGCGAGGCAGAUGUGUCCGUAUCGGGCAGACAAGGAAGGUGCACGUGUACCACUUCAUGGCUCCCGGGACGAUUGAAGAGCAGACGCUUCGUCAUUAUUCUGAGUACAGCAAAGACGUCUCGGGCUUUUUCGAGAAGUGGGAACUUGUGCCGUGGUGGAUGGAUCGCAUGGAGAAGCGUACCGAGAGGUCUUGUGGUCACUCUUGA